CCUCAGGCGUUUCCAGCGGCGCUCCCGACGCGCGUCCCGGCCUCGCCAUGGGCCCGACGGAGGCGCAGUUGGCGCGCGUGGCGCUGGAGGCGGCGGCCGUGCUGGUGGCGGCGCUGCUGGUGGUGGCGGCGCUGAAGGCGGCGUCGGAGGGGCUGCGUCGGCGGAGGGCGGGGGCCUGGGUGGUGGUGGUGGGCGCGGGCCCCGUGGGCCUCUCCGCCGCCCUGGCCGCCCUCCGCUCCGGCAAGGCGCGCGGCCUGGCCCUGGUGGAGGCGCGCCCCCGCGCCGCCCUCCUGGCCCGCCCGCAGCAGGUGGCCCUCCAGCCCCGCAGCCUCCGCUUCCUCCGCCGCCUCGGCCUCGACGUCGACAACCUGGAGGGCUGCUGGGAGCAGGAGCGCUUCUUCACCCGCCUCGGCGUCUUCCAGGAGCACCUGCUCAGCCUCCUCGAGCGCCACCGCCGCCGCCUCCCGCUCCGCAUCUGCCUCGGCACCAAGUUUUCAGAGGAUUUUCUGAAAAAGAAUCUAUCCUCCAAUUGGCCAAACAUAGUCAUCAUAGCAGAUGGAUCCUGUGGAGAAUCAAGUACGAUCCUUGGAAUCAGCCCAGAGUAUACUGUUGAAUCUUGCAAUGCCUAUGGAGCCAAUGCUGCUAUCGAGCGACCAGAUCAAAGACAGGUUCCAACCCCCGAGAUCCGUGCUCAUGGCCUGUACUUUGAUUUAUCCGCAUAUGGUAUGGAUAUGUCAAAUAUGAGAAAGGGAUCCUCAACGCCUGGAUUCCAUUUGAAAAUCUAUGGGACAUUUCGCAACCGUUACCUAGCUUUGGCAUGCCCUGCUUCAGACUCCAAAGUUGUGAGGUUUUUGCGUCACACUCUUAAUUCUACAAUCAUGAAAAACAUAUUCCACCAGUCUUUCAAUGCCUACAAGAUGGAUAUUGAACCCAGAGUCAACGAACUGACUCUUCAUCGUAUCCAAUGCAGCCACCGGCUCUUUGAAAUCAUGCUCUCCCACCGGCGGGUUACAGCAGCUCUUUUGGAGAGAGACAAUGUUGUGGUCACCAUAGAAGGAGAAGCUGCCCGAGUGCUGAAUUUUGACACUGGCUGUGGAGUUAAUCUCGGAUUGAGAGGUUUGGAGUCGACAGAAGAAUUAAUCUAUAAAGUGGCCACGGCCAUUGAUCAGCAUGAUAUCUUUGAGGCGCUGGCAGCGAAAAUCCAGCAUUCAAAACAAGUGGCAGAAGAUUUUAAGCAGAACGGCUUGUUUGCUGCAAUGUUUGAGUGAUCAAUUUACGAGAAAAUCAUUGUGGAGGGAUUUGCACCCCAUUGCACAUAAAACAAAAUGGAAUGGAAUAUUUCCAAUUGACAGAAGUGUUAAAAACUAUAAUGGGACCACUGAUUUUAGUUAUAAUUAACAUUUCAGUGAGCUUAAGGCCAGACAAAAAUAAAGGCAGAAAAUCCAUGUAAUCAAAACUCAAGAUGGUGGACCUGUGUCCUAAUUAGAGGGAGAGGAAUAAUCGUUUUUAUCCAAUUGCUGCCAGUUAGAAGGCUAAGCUCCGCCCACUUGGUCUCCUAGCAACCCACUCAGCCCACCCAGCCUCUCAAUAAUAAUAAUAAUAAUAAUAAUAAUAAUAAUAAUAAUAAUAAUAAUAAUACAAUCCUAAAGUUAGCAGAUACCCCUAAGGAUCAUCCAGUUCAACUUCCUUAUAUCAUGCAGCAGGACACAAUCCAACCACUCCUGACAGAUGGCCAUCCAAUAUCUGCACAAUAAUAAUACACAUCAAAUCAUAGCAUCAUACAGUUAGGCGACACCCCUAAAGGACAUCCAGUCCAACCCAACUCUGCCAUUGGACGAUACAAUCCAAACACUCCCAACAGAUGGCCAGCCAGCCUCUCAAUAAUAGUAAUACUAAUAAUAAUAAUAAUAAUAACAACAACAUCAUCAUACAAUCCUAAGGUUUGGAGUGACCCCUAAGGAUCAUCCAGAUCAACUUCCUUCUACCAUGCAGGAGGACACAAUCCAAGCACUCCUGACAGAUGGCCAUCCAGCCUCGACAAGUUCUCACUGACACCACCAGACAACGCCACAGCAACGCGUGGCUGGGCACAGCUAGUACAGUAGAGUCUCACUUAUCCAACACUCGCUUAUCCAACGUUCUGGAUUAUCCAACACAUUUUUGUAGUCAAUGUUUUCAACAUAUCGUGAUAUUUUGGUGCUAAAUUCGUAAAUACAGUAAUUACUGCAUAACAUUACUGCCUAUUGAACUACUUUUUCUAUCAAAUUUGUUGUCUAACAUGAUGUUUUGGUGCUUAAUUUGUAAAAUCAUAACCUAAUUUGAUGUUUCAUAGGCUUUUCCUUAAUCCCUCCUUAUUAUCCAACAUAUUCGCUUAUCCAACGUUCUGCCGGUCCGUUUAUGUUGGAUAAGUGAGACUCUACUGUAGAUGAUAUAGGACAGACCUAUUAUUCUCUGACUUUGGAAAAAGUCCGGAGUAGCUUGUUAUUUUGUCUAUGGCGCCAUCUGGUGCCAUCUUCAAUUAUUCUACUUAUUCUCCAAUAUUUCCACUCCUGUAUUGUUGGUGAGACCAGGCAUGCAACACAAAAAAGAAUGUUUCCAUUGUCGUAUUUACAAUACUUUUUGAUGCGCCCCAAAAACAGUGCCUUGUUGCAAACAUUACACUGGUUGAUUGCUGUAUGAGGCAAAGAUGGAGAGUGUGUGUUAAAAAAAAAUCUCAUGAGUUGUAAUCCCAGACAUUCAGGGAUGUUCUUCAAUACAGACAUUGAACGUAAUGGGCCAUUACCUGGAUCACAAAAUGUCUCGGGAGAGAAGUACUUAGAUUUAGUACCCUGACAUAUAUAAGAAGAUAAUAUCCAUUUUGGAGCCGACCAAUAUUCUGUGAGUGCAGUGGUGAACCAGUCGCCUAAUGGGAAGCCUGCCAGAAGGAUAUAAGGGCAGUUGUAGUCUUCAUCUUGUGCUUUCCAGCAAUUGACAUACUGCCUCUGCAAACAGCCAUGAUAUACAGCCACCCUGACUAGUAAUCAUUGAUAGAUUCAUUGUCCACAUAUUUAAUAAAUCGCCUCCGAAAACCAUUGAACCUGGUAGUUAUUCCAACAUUCUGUAGCAUAGCAGAGAGCAUACUGUGUGCAUGCAGGUUGGCAACUGUGCUCCCUUUGCAAAAUUUCCAGCUCCUUUUUCUGAAUUUACAGCACUCAUUAUGGAAAAGAAGCAUGCUUCUGCCCCAGGGGUCCCCAAACUAAGGCCUGGGGGCCGGAUGCGGCCCUUCAAGGUCAUUUACCUGGCCCCAGCCCUCAUUUAUAAUGUAAUAUUUUUAUAUCCGUUUUAAUAAUAUAUUGUCUAUACAUAUGAUAUUGAUAAUAACAUUAUCAUUUUAUACAAUACUAGCUGUGCCCGGCCACGCGUUGCUGUGGCGAAGUAUGGUGGUAUGGGAAAUAAAGUAUUGAGGAAUUGGUGGUAGUUAAGGUAAAGGUGUGGAGUCCAGAUAAUCCAGUUAAAGCAGAUAAUAUAAGAUGAUAUGGGUUAUAUAGCUUUGUGGAAGGGCCUUGAGUCUACACUGCCAUCUAAUCCAGUUAAAAUCUGAUAAUCUGUAUUUUAUAGGCAGUGUGGAAGAGGCCUAAGUGAGGCCUAACUGCCUGUCCCCUGGGUGAGUGGGUUGCUAGGAGACCAAGUGGGCGGAGCUUAGUCUUCUAACUGGCAGCAAUUGGAUAAAAACAAUUAUUCCUCUCCCUCUAAUUAGGACUUUAUUUUCUUUUUGUUGUAUCAACCUAGAGGCGUGGAUGAUGGGUUAUGUUGUCAAUUUUUGAGGUUGUGGGGUGUUUAGUUUUGUUGUUUCGGCAGUCGCCAGGAUUCUAUCACUCUUUUAUAUAUAUAGAUAAUACUAAUAAUAAUACCAUAUAAUAUUAAUUAUACAGUAGAGUUUCACUUAUCCAACAUAAACGGGCUGGCAGAACAUUGGAUAAGCGAAUAUGUUGGAUAAUAAGGAGAGAUUAAGAAAAAGCCUAUUAAACAUGAAAAUAGGUUAUGAUUUUACAAAUUAAGCACCAAAACAUCAUGUUAUACAACAAAUUUGGCACAAAAAGUAGUUCAUUACACACUAAUGCUAUGUAGUAAUUGCUGUAUUUACGAAUUUAGCACCAAAAUAUCACAAUGCAUUGAAAACAUUGACUACAAAAAUGCAUUGGAUAAUCCAGAACGUUGGAUAAGUGAGACUCUACUGUAUGUUAUAUAUUACAUAUAUUACAGUAUAGUUAUAUAGCUCAAUAUAGUAAUAUAUAAUGCUAAUAUUGUGCUAUGCUAAUAAUAUAAUAUACUGUAUGUUCAUACAGCUGCUCUGAGUUCCCUUCGGGGUGAUUAGGGUGGGAUAUAAAUGUAGUAAAUAAAUGUAGUAAAUGAAUAAAUAAAUAAUUUUGGACUUAA